CGCUCCGCCCCUCCGCUCAGGGCGGCCCGAGCAAAGCCGGGGCCGGCGGCGGCCUCGCUCCCGCCCCUUCCCGCGGCCGCGAUGUCGCUGCUCCGCGGGCCGCGGCCCCGCACCGCCGGCAGGAAGGGCCCCAGAAAGGCGGCGGCGGCCAAGCGGGACUGGGAUAGUACCGUCCACGAUUUGACAGUGCAUCGUGCAACUCCUGAGGAUAUUCUCCGUCGCCGUGAAAUACACAAAUCAAAAAACAAAGCACUGGCACAUCUGGAGCUCCAAGAGAAAGCACUGAACAGAAAAUGGAAGAAGCAAAGGCAGCUGGAUGCAGAUUCCUUGGAGAAAAGGAAAUUGGCUCUGAUGCGUGAGAUUCUGUCUGAUCAGUACCAUUUGCAAGAUGUAUUGGAACGAUCUGGUCAGGUUAUGGCUGUGGCAAAAGACUUGCUUGAGGAUGCUCCUCGCACCCGAACAGGUUUUCCUAAUGUAACAAUGGCUCCUAACUGUGACCUAGAAUCAUCUCAAGGACCCAUUGUACAAAAAAGUCAUCCUCCCAGUCAGCUUUCCAUCCUUAGUGAAUCUGUCAUGGAUUCCCAGGCUCUUAAUGAAGAGGAGGAGGAAGCAUUAUCAGAAGAUGGACAACAUAACAUUUUGGGUUUCAAAUCCAGCAUCAAUUCUGACAGGCUACUUCGGUUGUUGAGAAAAGAAAAUUCCUUGGUGAAUUCUCCGUUGUGGGUUGAAAAGAAUGUGAGAAAAACCACCUUAUCACAAGAAUCAAAUGUGCCUCGGACUCCAACAACUGUUUCCCCUUUAUUGGACCAGUCAGCUCUCAAUGCUACCAGUGUAAUCAAGAGAACCCAUUCCAGACUUCAGAAUGAAGAUGAAGAAGAGUCUGUAGACUCCAUUGACACUGUGAGACAAGUGCUGAACCCAAACUCAAGGAAACAAAAGCAAAUUGCAGCAAAGAUGAAAAGAAAGCAAGCUGCACAGAGCUCUGCAAGACAGAAGAGAGGUGAUUCUCCAGCUAAUUUAAUCCAGAUUGACCUUCAGAGGGACAACAAGCCCAGCCUAGAUGUUCUCAGCCACAUGAUCCAGGAAGUAGAGCAUGAACUGGAGGAAUAUGAGCGAUGUACAGGUCGUGAGGUCCCAAAAAAAGAGAGGAGUGAAGGCCUGUCUGGGUUUACUCUGUCCCUGGUGAACGCUCUCUGCCGCUUGAUGCGCUACCUCAAGGAGGCUGAAAUGCAGCUGCAUGAGAAAGAGAUGAUGAGGCAGCAGCAGGAGGAGAUGUUGAAUGAACAUAGAGAACUGAUUGAUGCACUGACUGCUGAAGUUCUUCAAGUAAGGGAAGAAAACAUUACUAUGCAGAAGAAACUUCAGCAAUACAUGACAGUAACAGAUCAAAAGCUGAUGUGUCUCACACAAGCAUUUAAAGGCCUCCCUUUGGAAGAACCUGAAAGAGAACAAAGUCCAAAACAUUUUGGAAUUGCAAGCAGAGGCCCAGCAAACAGCCAAGAAAAACCUGAUUUGACCUACUCUGAGCCCAGGCCUGAAGCAGGCAAUAGGGAAAAUAUGCUGAAAUUUCCACAGGAAGAACUUCCUUUCACAUUUCACCCAGGGCCAGGUGCCUCAAGUGAUAUGAGACCUGGUAGAAGCUUCCCAGCUCACAUCUUCCAGCCAGCUGUGCUGUUGUCCCCACCACAGCAGAAAAGCAGUCAGGAAUUGUCUUCCCUCCAGAAUGUGUUUGCAGCCAUUUCCCAGUCUACUGAAAGAGAGCCAUGCAAGGAAAGGAGCUUACCUUCCUCCCUGAGGACACAGAGCAUAACUGAGGAGAACUGCCCCAUAUCUCAAAGGCAACCAUUUCCUCCUGCAGACAAAGACUUGGAGAGUUCCCGUGAGAAAACCAAUCUGUCCUGCCCAGGUGAUGCUGGAAAAAACAGCACAGCUGAAGAGUUGCUUCGAAAUGGUGAUCUGCUGGGACAGAUAGCUGAGCUCACACGGCAGAAUGCUCUAAUUAAAGCUCAACUGAGCAAAUUCAGAGGUGUCCCUGGAGACAAAAGUGAUUGUCUGCAUCAGCCAGACCUGACACAAAAUGCAAAUCCUAGUCCAGACUCUUCACAAGGACAGAGCCAUCUCGUGGUAUCAAGGAGCUUGGAGGAAAGAAUAGCGGAGCUGAAUCGCCAGAGUACAGAAGCACGGGAUAAACUGCUGCAGUUGAUAGACCAGCAGAAAUCAGCUGCUGCUGACAUGGUCCCUCCAAUGCUGUCUCCUGUUCCAACCCCAUCCCUGAAUUACACUGAAAAUGCAAGGAGGACAGCUGAAGUGUCUGUUCCCAUGGCAGUGGCUGCAGACAGCUCCAAGGAUGACAGUGUUCCCCAUGCCAGUAUGACCAGUAUGAGAAGGACUGUAGGAGACUCUAGCAGACCUUUAAGUGCCAUGUCAGAAGGUGUCAAAUUAACUUCUGUCAGCCAAAGACCAAAGGUAGAAAGGCAAAAAGAAGAAGGAUGGUUUGCAUUAUCAAUGCAUGUUAUGUAAAGGAAGCUGAGCUCAAGUUCUGUGUUUUUAAAAUAUUUUUUUAUUAACUACAAAUAAAUCACAAUCUCUCUCUACAGAUGUACAGUUUAACUCUGAAGUGUUUUCAUGUCAGUGCCAUUAGUAUGGAAAGGUCCAUGGGCUUGUUGUAUUUGUGCCCUACAGAGCACUCUAGGAAGCCCCGGGAGUGAGUUUCUGAGCUGGACACACUGCUGUGACCUUACACCUUUUCACCAAAAAAAUUUUUCAUGAGAUUGUAAACUCAGGCUGCUGCAGCUUUACAAGUGAGCACCUUGAUACCUCUGUUAGGUACGCUGAAGGCAGGAGAUUUUAGAAAUCGCCUGUGAAACUUUCUGUAGCAUAUAUUUGCACAAGAUAUGGGAAUAAAAUGUCAGGAAGAGCUGAGAUGAGGGAAGGUACCUGCAUUGAAAACGAACCUGGAGAUUAGGAAGACAGUCUGUUUCUAGUGGAUAAGUAUUUGCAUCAGAAAGAAUUAAUUCCUUCUGUGGUUUACAGUUGCUCCCAAAAAUUGUGCUUUCUGUGCAGUUAACAUGUUAGAGAUUGCAUCUGGAUUGGAGGAUUGCUUUUCAAAAAUGUCACUUAAUAUUUUAUAGUAAAUAUAAAGUGACUAUUUGAAGUUAAAAUCAGAAUCUUUAUUUGCUAUGUACUAAAGUAUAUGGUCUUUGAUAUAACAGAAAACUGAUACUUAUAAUUGCAUUAAGCUGGUUUGCUGUGUGUUUAGGUAAUAUUCUAAUGGCCUUGGUUCUUAUAUUGGUUUUAUUUGACUUUUUAAAGUAGUCAUUAUUUUAUUAGCAAUGAUUACCUAUAAAACUUAAGACUAUGAGGAAAUGCUUUGUUAUCUGUUCCUUACCUUGUAGUAAACCUUGCCAAAACCAUUUAUGAUGGAAAUCAAUAAAAUGAAAAUAAUAUGCAAGUCUGGGAAAGAAAAUAGCUGCAAGUAUCAAAACCAGACUUUUUUUUUUUUAGCUGUGAAAUUUCCUCCUAAAGGUAGUGAUAGGGUGGAGCCAGCCUCUGUCCUUUCAGUCAGUUCAGUUAUAGGAGAAUGAAGAAAAUAUGCUGCUUUUGUUUGUUUGUUUGUUUUGUUUUUUUUUGUAAAGGAAGGGUUCUUCUAAACAGAUCUAGAAAAUUAAAAAGUGGGAUUCAAAAGAGGAUCUAUUAAAAUAUUCAUUGAUGCUUCCAUCGUUUAUUUUUCCAAUGGGAAAUGAAGAAGGUUUAUAUUUUUGUAUUUUGUGAAAUAACAGUUAAAAUUGCUUGGAAGUAAUCUUGGAAGUAAUCCCUUAACUCCUGAAGAGACAGCAAUGCCACAGUUGGGAUGUGACUACAUAACCAUAGUGCCACAGGUUAAUGCUGUCACCUCUGCUAAUGUUAGCUACAAAUGCUCUGGAAUUAAUGAGAAUUCCUCUUAGAAUACAGGAUUGGAAUUAA